GAUGAUUCGGAUGCUUUAGUGUACAUUAGCGAGGGCUACCGAUCGUAGCGCGAUCGAACGAGCGAGCGCAGCACCAAUCAGCAAUAGCAGAAGCAGAAUCGGUCGAGAAUGGCACAGCGAAAAGUUACAAAUCUUGCCGGCGUGGUACACGGCGUCGAAGACUUUCGUGUGGAAGAAAUCCCCAUGCCACGGCCGCGCGAUCAUGAGGUCCUGCUCGAGAUGGACUGUGUGGGUAUCUGCGGUUCGGACGUGCACUACGUGUCGCACGGAGGAUUCGGCGACUACAAGCUAAAGGACAAGCUGGUGCUUGGCCACGAAUCGUCCGGUGUAGUGGUGGCCGUUGGAGCAGACGUAACCAGCCUGCAGGUGGGUGAUCGUGUCGCCAUUGAACCCGCGAUUGGCUGUCGCACUUGCCGGCACUGUAAGGCCGGUCGGUACAAUAUCUGCCCGCAGGGUGUUUACUGUGCGACCACGGGGCAUGGCAAUUUGUGCAACUACUACACGCACGCGGCCGACUGCUGCUUUAAGCUGCCGGCGAAUGUGACGAUGGAGGAGGGCGCCCUGCUGGAACCGCUUGCCGUGGGCGUGCACUGUUGCCGCCGGGGUGGUGUCGGGAUUGGCAGCACGGUGCUGGUGCUCGGUGCCGGACCGAUCGGGCUCGUUACGCUGCUGGUAGCGAAAGCGAUGGGUGCGGCCAAGGUGUGCGUCAUCGAUCUGGUGGAGCGGAAGCUCGAGCUGGCCAAGACACUCGGGGCCGAUGCAACGCUGGCAGUUAGCGGACACGAUACGCAGGAUGAGAUCGUGAAGCGCAUUCAUGCGCUGCUUGGUACUGCGCCAGACAUUAGCAUCGAGUGCACGGGGGCGGAAGCGUGCGUACAGCUGGGAAUUGAAGCUACCGUACCGGGCGGUGUGGUGACGCUGGUUGGCAUCGGUGCCAUACAGCAGCGUGUCCCGAUAACGACGGCCCUGGUGCGUGAGAUUGACAUCCGGACGGCGUUUCGGUACGCCAACUGCUAUCCAGCAGCGCUCGCGAUGGUAGCGAACGGUACGAUCGAUGCACUCAAGCUGAUCACGCAUCAUUACGAGCUGCAGGAAUCGGACCAAGCGUUCAAAACGGCCCGGUACGGGCUGGACGGUGCAGUCAAGGUCAUGAUCCACUGCCAACCAAGGAACAAAAAUAAUCCACAACGAAAGGUGUAGGCAUCGUUUCUGGAACGUCCCGCUCGGCAGUGGGGCAAAGAGCUGCGUCAAUAAAUCUUUAUGGUAUUUGCACA